AUGCUCGCCUCCCUCAUCGCCCGCAUCCACGCAUCCCUCCCCGCCCUCAGCCUCUUCCUCGUCGCCUUCAGCCUCUCCAUUAAACUAGCCACGUCCAUAUGGCUGCGCACUCUCUACCCAGUGCCUGAUCAUGCCUUCAGCUUCGUGGGCUCCGACUACCCCUCCGAGUGGCCCAUCCCCGUCCCCUCCGUCUUCCUCCCCUCCGACGCCUCUCAACGGUUCAACCUCUCCUCCCCCGACGGCACCGCCGAAUGGCGCGCCGUCGUUCCUACUCCGCACACAGUCCGCCUCGGGGCGCACCGCCAGCCGUACACCGUCGGCAUGUUCCACGCCCUCCGCUGCCUCGACGUCGCCCGCGCCGAGAUGGUCGCGCCCCGCGCGGACGAGGCGCACACGGAUCUCGCGAGGCAUUGCCUGAACUACCUGCGCCAGGCGGUCACUUGUCGGGGCGACCUCCAGCUCGAGCCGUUCCUCGCGCCGGAGCACGUACGUCCUAUCGACCUCUAUGGCACGUACGUAUGCAGGGACUGGGGCGCCGUGUACGACGCGGCGGAGGCGAACCAUGCGGAGUAUGCGGCUUGGCUGAGGGAAGGGGAUUCUGAGAUGAACAGCACGAGUGUGCGGCGGUGA